UUACGUUAAGUCUGUUCCCAACAAUGACACGUUAUUCUCAUUGAUAAGCAUGCCAUUAGCAGAGAAGGUGGCGCUCGGCCACCUGUCACUUUGAUCUAAGACGCGUUAGUAACGCGCUUAUGUCGCGGUGAACGUGAUGGUGAUGCGGACCGUCACGCUAUCAGAGAAGCAUGGGAGACGCCAUAACGAGGGGAGCCGGCAGUCACGUUCAUCAUUUCCUGCUCGGAGAUGGGCUUCUCAGAGUCCUAAAGAGGAAACCAUGGACCAAGCAAGGUCGACGAUAUCCAAAAUUUUUAAUGGGGAGCCUCACUCCUACACCCGAUUCAACUUGACCCAGAACAUGGAGGGAGACAACAGCCAGGUGGAGAUGAAGCUGUCCUCUGAGGUGGAUGAGGAGGUUGGGGGAAACGGCGUGGGAGACCACCUCAGUCACAACUCUAACGGAAAACCCUACAUGGUUCAGAAACUGAAGCGCACACCAAAGAGCCUCUGCUUCAUGGCAGCCGUUACCCUUCUCAUCUUCAUCAUUGGGUUCUUGGUUGGCUACACGGCUCAUCGGAGAAAAGAGACGUCUCCUGUCUGCUCUGCUUCUGUUCUUCCCUUUGAACGAGCCGUUGCCCCUGAGACCGGUGCUGCUCCUCUGAUGGACUGGGACAAAGUCAAAAGUCUCCUCAACCAAAGACUCACAGCUGCCAAAAUAGAAACGGCCUUCAGUGAGUUUUCUAAACCGAGCCACCGAGCUGGUUCUCCUGAAGAUGACUAUCUAGGGAACAAGGUGCUCCAGAGGUUUAAAGACUAUGGCAUGAACACCUGGAAUGAUGAGCACUUUGUUAAGGUUCAGGACCCUCCAGCAUCUGGCUCUAAUAGAAUCAUCUACAAGAACGAUCCAGAGGAGCGUCCGAAGGGCUUCUUGUCUUACAGCGGCAACGGAUCAGUGAAGGGUGCAGCGCUGUACGCUUGUUAUGGACAGGAGAGUGACUUUAGGUUACUGAGGGACAAGAACAUCAACAUGAACGGCAGAGUCAUGCUGGUCAGAGCUGGAAAGAUCAGCUUUGCUGAGAAGGUGGCCAAUGCUGCUAAAGUGAACGCCUCGGCCGUGUUGAUCUACCCCGACCCCGCUGAUUACUCUAUUGGAGAGACCACGGACCUCUAUGGACAUGUCCACCUGGGUUCUGGUGAUCCCUACACCCCAGGCUUUCCCUCCUUCAAUCACACCCAGUUCCCUCCUGUGGAGUCUUCAGGGCUGCCAAAAAUCCCGGCUCAGACCAUCACCAGCGCCAUGGCAACCAAAAUUCUGUGGAAGCUUGGUGGUCAGAGUCUUCCUGAAGGAUGGGAAGGUUUCCACAAAUUGGGAAAUGAGAAUGACACGAUCAGUGUGGAGGUCAACAACUUUCUAACUGAGAAGAAGAUCAACAACGUGUUUGGGGUCGUCAAAGGUUUAGUGGAUGCAGACCGAUACGUGGUUAUCGGUGCCCAGAGGGACGCGUGGGGUCCAGGCUUCGCUGCAUCAACCGUUGGUACCAGCGUCCUGGUGGAACUGGCGCGUUCGGUCUCAGACAUGGUGGAGCAUGAUGGGUUUAAGCCAAGGAGGAGCAUCGUGUUUGCCAGCUGGAGUGCAGGAGAAUACGGAAGCGUUGGCGCCACCGAGUGGUUGGAGGGAUAUUUAUCUUCUCUGGGUAUGAAAGCUUUCUCCUACAUCAACCUGGACGGCAUUGUGACAGGUCGGAAUGGAUUUAAAGUAGCAGCCAGUCCUUUGAUGCACACACUGAUUGAAAAAGCCUUGAAUGAGGUUUACUACGAGGAUAAGUCUCUUUCUUCUCAAUUUGCAAAAAGCGACUGGGAGUCAAAUAUUUUGGAGCCAAUGCAGAUGGAUAACACUGCCUAUCCUUUCCUUGCCUUUUCUGGAAUUCCCUCAAUGUCAUUCCGAUUCACCUCAGGCAGAUCGAGCUACCAAUACUUGGGGACGUUGUUGGACACCCAAGAGAAACUGAACGCUGCUACGUCCAGUCAGGUUCCUCAGCUGGCUGCAGCCGCCGGUCGGUUUGCAGGUUCUAUAGCGCUGAGGCUGGUCCAUGACCAUCUGCUGCAGAUGAACCUGAGGAAGUACGACAAGGUCAUCCGCUUUAAUGUGGCGAAGAUCAAUGCAAAGAUAAAGGCUGUUCAAAGGAUGCAGCCCCAGAUGUUGCCCAAGGCCCUGACCGUACAGUGGCUGAUCUCCGCCUCAGGUUCCUACGGCCGUGCCUCUCGCAGCCUGGAAACAGACGUUCAGAACAGUAACCUGGACGACAUUGAGACAUGUCGCAUCAUCAACGACCGCAUCAUGUCGGUGGAACGGAACUUCCUGUCUCCCUACAUUUCUCCCAGAGAGAUUCCUUUUCGUCACAUCCUGAUGGGCACAGGAUCACACACCCUCCAAGCUCUCUCUAACCACCUUGAUGCUCUCAAGGCCGACAACCCCGAGGCGGACGCUGACCUGUUCCGCCACCAGUUCGCCCUGGCGACCUGGACCCUUCAGGGCUGCGCCAACUCGCUAGCAGGGGACAUCUGGUCCCUGGAUAAUGAAAUCUAAAGUGGCGUGAGAGUCCUACCAGAAGCCUGUGUGAAACCCACAUGGCUGCCAUUACCGCGAGAGCCUGCUAACUUUAAACAUUCACAUGAAAAACCAAACACGGGGUAUCUAAAUGCAAAUAUUUCAAACACUUUGGUGCUAAUAAUGAUUGCCCUGAAAUACUCAUCUUGACAGUACUACUUAAUUUAUUUCCUGAAUGAGCUCAACAUAGAGAAUAGUUUUUUCCUUUAGGUCAUAACAAAACUAAAGGCUGUCAGCGCAGAUACAGCAAACUCAAAUAGCAGUGUCCUAAGCUAACAACCUGCUAAUUGUUUACUAUAAUUUACUCGUCCUGGUGUCUACUGCUGCGAACCUCUUGUCAGAACCAAACAGGGUUUGCAUUGGAUGCUACAAAUGCUUACAGUGCUCAAAUGGCCAAAUAUUUCCUUAGCGUAGGUUCAGGACCGUCUGCUGUAAAAGCUCAGCUCCUCAUCAGCCUUCCAAGAAAAGUCCGAAUCCUUGACCUCGUGGCAUCGGAGUGCAUCUUUUCCCCAAACACAAGGCAGUCGGUCCCAAACACGCAGCACAGAAACCCAAACCAUAUGUUUAUUUAUUGUUAUUUAUUUAUCAGUGACAGAGUUCACUAUAAAUGGCUUUUUAUCACCUUUUUUUUUUACAAUGUAUAAUUAUCGGGAGCAGUGCCUUCCAUAAUUAUGACAGUUAUACUGUCGAAAUGACAAAAGCAGCAUCUGCUUGAAGGAGUGUACGUGUGGACCGAUGGCCGGUACUGAGCAGUGUUCUCCCGCUCUACUGAACUCAACCCGGCUCAGGAAUCCCUCCAGGAUGUGUGCUCGGUACCGACCUGCCGACACACGUACACUUCUCGUUCUGACAGCAUUAUCGGGAGCAGUGUUUUCCCAUAAUGCGCAAAUAAGAAGGUAGUUUUUGCCUACCAGUGUGUGUCCGUAUCGGAGGCAGUGCCCUCCAUAUUUCACUGUAGGAGUGGAUGGUUUUAUUAUCGGGAACAGUGAUUCCCAUAAUGUGUAUAUACAGUUCUUAGCUAUGCAUCAUCGCACAUGUUGCUACAUCUUCUCUGUUCUGAUAAUCACGCGUACGUCUGAUUUGUUUAUCACAUCCAAACUUGUGCGAGGAGGCUUCUUACGCGUGUUACAUGACUUUUGUAGGACCGCCGAUUAAAACGAUGUGGGCCAGUUUGUGUGUCUAUAAUCCAACGCUUCUGGUUUAUUAUGAGUCGGACAAUGUUAAAAAUACUUCCUGCUUCCUUUUUAACUGCCUUUUCAGAGUUUCGUGUGCCUUUUUGUUUCCUGUUUUUAAAGAUGAGAUUUACGUUAAGAAAUAGUUGAUUUUAUGUUUGUUUUUCUUCUAUUUAGCGUCCAGAUGUGCUCGUGUGAAAACCUGUUACAACACCCUUAGGUGAGAUUGGAGGAAUUGGUGUGACUGGAAUUUAAAUGAGUCUGUUCAGUUUUAAAACGGCAUUUCUUAUUUUUAAAAAAAACCACCCGCUGAUCGUGUCUGCGCACGUCGGAUGAGCAGAGUGAUCUGACAUUAGGGAUCCAUCUGGUUUCGGGUGAAAAGAAAUGUUUGAAUGUGAAACAGCUUUUUUCUUACUGUAUUGUUGGCUUUGCUUGAUGAAUAAAAGUGACAUCACAUCUGAA